AUGUUCCUCUCCUCCCCGAGCUUCGCCCGCCGGAUGCUGAACGUCCGGCCGGGAUCCGCCCUCCUUUUUUGGCUCUUGGGGCUGGCCCUGCGCCCGUCGCCCCUCUCGGGGCAAAAGCCCGAAGACAAGUACCCCGUGGUGCCCACCAACUACGGGAAGCUGCGUGGCAUCAAGAAAGGCCUGAACAAUGAGAUCCUCGGCCCCGUGGUGCAGUAUCUGGGCAUCCCGUACGCUACACCGCCCGUCGGCGAGCGCCGCUUCCAGCCGCCCGAGGCGCCGGCGUCCUGGUCCGAGGUGCGCAAUGCUACCGCUUUCGCCCCGGUGUGCCCGCAGAACAUCCACGGCAUGCUGCCCGCCAUCAUGCUGCCCGUGUGGUUCACCGACAAUCUGGAGAUUGUGGCCGGCUACGUGCAGAAUCAAAGCGAAGACUGUCUCUACCUCAACGUCUACGUGCCCAUGGAGGAUGGUCCGCUCACGAAAAAGCGUGAGGAAGCGUCAGCUAACAGCCCCACUCCAGACGAAGAUAUCCGAGACAGUGGGAAAAAACCCGUGAUGCUUUUCAUCCAUGGCGGAUCGUACAUGGAAGGCACCGGAAACAUGUUUGAUGGCAGUGUGCUGGCCGCCUAUGGAAAUGUGAUUGUUGUCACCCUCAACUACCGGCUCGGCGUGCUGGGCUUCAUGAGCACCGGCGACCAGUCGGGCAAGGGGAACUACGGCCUCCUGGACCAGAUUCAGGCCUUGAGGUGGCUGAACGAGAACAUCGGUCACUUUGGGGGGGAUCCGGAGCGCAUCACCAUCUUCGGCUCCGGAGCCGGGGCCUCUUGCGUCAACCUGCUCAUCCUCUCUCACCACUCGGAAGGUUUAUUCCAAAAAGCCAUUGCUCAGAGUGGCACCGCCAUCUCCAGUUGGUCUGUCAACUAUCAGCCGCUCAAAUACACCAGGAUGUUGGCCUCCAAAGUUGGCUGCGAUCACAUGGACACCAGCAGUACCGUGGAAUGUCUACGGCGCAAGCCUUACCGGGAGCUGGUGGACCAGGACAUCCAGCCGGCGCGCUACCACAUUGCUUUCGGCCCCGUGGUGGAUGGCGACGUGGUCCCCGACGAUCCGGAGAUCUUGAUGCAGCAAGGCGAGUUCCUCAACUACGACAUCCUCAUCGGCGUCAACCAGGGAGAGGGCUUGAAGUUUGUGGAGGAUUCCAUGGAGAACGAAGACGGCAUCUCGGCCAGCUACUUCGACUUCACCAUCUCCAACUUUGUGGACAACCUCUACGGCUACCCGGAAGGGAAAGAUAUCUUACGGGAGACCAUCAAGUUCAUGUACACCGACUGGGCGGAUCGAGACAACGGCGAGAUGCGUCGGAAAACUCUUCUGGCUCUCUUCACGGACCACCAGUGGGUCGCGCCAGCCGUGGCCACUGCUAAGCUCCACGCCGAGUAUCAGUCGCCUGUCUACUUCUACACGUUUUACCAUCACUGCCAGACAGAUACUCGUCCUGAGUGGGCGGAUGCGGCCCACGGGGACGAGAUCCCCUACGUCUUCGGUGUUCCCAUGAUUGGGGCCACGGACCUCUUCCCUUGCAACUUUUCCAAGAACGAUGUCAUGCUGAGCGCCGUGGUCAUGACCUACUGGACCAAUUUUGCCAAGACAGGGGACCCCAACCAGCCUGUGCCACAGGACACCAAGUUCAUCCACACGAAGCCCAACCGUUUCGAGGAGGUGGUGUGGACCAAAUUCAACACCAAGGACAAGCAGUACCUGCACAUCGGCCUGAAGCCCCGCGUGCGGGACAACUACCGCGCCAACAAGGUGGCUUUCUGGCUGGAACUGGUGCCCCACCUCCACAACCUCCACGAGCCCCCCUACACCUCCACCACCACCCGGGUGCCCCCCUACGUCACCCGCUGGCCCAGCACUCGGGUGGGGCCAAGCACAACGCGCCAGCCCAUCGCCACCCUUCCUCCGGACGAAGACGACGUCGCCCGUCCGCCGCGGUACGUGCCGUUCCCAGGAGACUCGCGGGACUACUCCACCGAGCUCAGCGUGACGGUGGCGGUGGGCGCCUCCCUGCUCUUCCUGAACAUCCUGGCGUUUGCCGCCCUGUACUAUAAGCGGGACAGGCGCCAUGAGCUGCGGAGCGGGCGGCGGCUCAGCCCUCAGCGCAGCGCGGCCAACGACCUGGUGCACAGCGGCCACGAGGAGGAGAUUAUGUCGCUGCAGAUCAAACAUUUGGAGCACGACGCGCACGAUCUGGAGCCCUUACGACCGCAUGAAAUCCUACGCCCCGCCUGCCCUCCCGACUACACCCUGGCACUUCGCCGGGCACCAGACGAUGUGCCCCUGAUGACCCCGAACACCAUUACCAUGAUCCCCAGCACCAUUACGGGUAUGCAAGCCUUGCACCCUUUCAAUACCUUCCCCACCGGACACAACAACACCCUCCCUCACCCUCACUCCACCACCCGUGUAUAG